CGCAUUACCAUGUAAAUAACAGAAAUAGCAAUAACUGGUCGUUACUAAAUAGCAAGACCUACCUGAGUAAGACGAGUAACCGGUGGACGUUUGUAGCUAGUGAAGUUAUUUAUGAAAUGUCAGUGCGACAAGAUUAUUUUGAAGAAUGGUUAUUGUCACCGCAGCGUAAAUCUGAUUCUUAUACCUUAUGUUUACAACUUUAGCGUGCUAGCUAGGAAGCUAGCUAACGUUAAAUGUAACUGGACAGUUGUAGCUAGCUAGGUUAGCUAGGAUGACAGUUAAAGAAGCUGGCGAGUUUAAGAGCUUUAUGGUCAGAUAGCUAGAAUCUAACUGCCUAGCUACAUUGCACAAGUGUCAGGGUGGCUUCUGUUCAUAUGUAAAGGUUUUCAUAAUUAUCUAAAGGUAAACAGGAAUGUAGGUGAGCAUAGAGUAUUUAGUUUGCUGGCUGAUUUGCUAGUUCCGCGCACAUAACCUGGCUAACUGUUAGCUAAGCUAGCUAGCUGGUUUAUUAUUAGCUAGCUUGCUAAAGUGACGUUUGGGUUUCUUAUUCUUGUGCCUGCCGCGCUGAGACAGGCUGUGUGUAGCUACAACUAAGCGUCAAACAGUGAUUUGCUCUAAACUACUAAAAUUAUCCUCGGUGCUUAGAAAAGACUACAGUAAUUCAUCCUAGAGGGAUUUCUCCACUGUGCCGCUAUGUUGUCUGAAAACCGGAAACGUCAGCGUACUCAAGGCGAGGAUGAGAAUGGAACAGUAAUGCCUCAGGCCAAGAGAUCAAGCACAACACACCAGUCUUUGGAGGGCAGCCGAGAAGCAUGGGACGCAGAAUCCUCCGGCAGCGACACCAGUGGUGUGGGUAGUCCGGAGCAUGCCACCAGGAGCAGCAGCAGUGCCAGCAGCCAGUCCGGAGCUGACAGCCUGGCAGCUGUGCCUGGCCUCAUGCCCUAUAGCCCUCUGUCCACCUCAGACCAGUCUGGCCCCACCAGCCUGGGCUCUUACCAGCACAUCAACCGGGUCCUGAGGGAGGCCCACUUCCAAAGCUUGCAGAACAGAGGUCAGUCCAGGAACAGGUGACUUUCAGGGACAUUUCUCAUCUCUGCGGCGUGUGUAAAUUAUGACACCUCGGCUCUGCCGAAGGCCUACCUACAUUCCCCAGAAGACAGGGUAAAGAUCCACCUGCUUCAUCAGCUCCAUCACCAUUCAGAUCUGCUCUUAAUUUGCUAGAAUUUUCCACACGCUAGCGCUGCCAUUUGUAUUGGUGUGCUUUUGAAUAGGAAGUGUGACCUGGAACUGUAAAUCCAUUGACUAAUUAGAGCACAAAAGUGUUCAUAUUGUAAGCAAUAAUAGCUUGGCUAGGAUGCAACCUUUUGUGACAUUGACACUGUGUCCUUUUCCUCUGAACAGACCAGUUUACAUACAUGAGAGCAUUGCUUUGUGAAGAACUUUUCCAUUUUGAGCACAUACUGUGCAGUUCCAUCAUGUCUAGGCUAUGCACUUGAAGCAUAAUAUUACGAUUUUAAUAUUAUUAUUGGGCCAGGACUUUGUGUCCUUAAUGGUGAUUCAGCUCUGCACUUGGGGGUGGGGCCAGGGGUGGGGCCAUGGUCAUAAAGUGGAAACAUGGUCUCCACCCUAUCACAUGCAUUGACAAUACAGCACCCAGGACAUCAUCUAGAAAUCUAUUGUUUAUUUAUUAAAGCCCAUUGCCUUGUUGGCACUUGAUGUAUGUUUAUAUGUAGUGAAAGAUUUGGGCCAGGUGCAUACCUCUAUGCUAAGAAAACUGCUACAUCCAACCUACAUGCCAGCCUGCUCCUUCCUUUCUCUUAUGUGCACUGCCAUGACUUCAGGUUUCCCCACCCCACCUCUUACUUUCUCUCCUUUUCAAAGCAGCCAGCCAUGUGGGCCCUCGGGAAGGUUGCUGUUUGAACUCGAGUUGAAUUAAAAGAUUGUUGAUUAUUUUUUUUACACCUUUUUGUAUGGAAAGAUUACAUUGCAUUUUGCAUUCAGAUCACCUACAUUUAAAAAAAUAAAGAUGGUUCUGUUCGUAAGUACAUGGUUGCCCUUUGUUGAGAUUAAGUGGUAAAACUGAUUCAGUUUGUAAUCUGUUUGCAUUAUCAUGUUUAAUUCUUUCCCGUUCUCUGAUGCAUUACACUUGUUCCAUGUCAUGUGACUGAAGUGAGAGAGGAGAGAAUCCAUCUUUAUUCUCAGUUGUUGUGUGUGGUGAAUAAUGGUCUGUGCACCAGACUGGGCAUUAAUGAGAGAUGACCUGUGCUUCACUGAGGAGUAGGGAAAGGUCACUUUAAUUAGAGCAUUACAUGUCUUUGUCUUGUCACAUCCCACGCCCAUAACAGAUUAUGCAUAUUAAUGCUUCCCUGGUAAGCUCCACCCCCUUCAGUCUCUGUCCUCAUUAUGAGCUCCUCGCCACCCCCUUCUAAGAAGUAGUCAAAUGAUAGAUGUGUCUAUACUGACCCAGGUCUUUUUCUUCUGAUUAAUGAUGGAGGCUUAAUUUUCUGGUUUUGUACUUGCAAAUACGCACUGUAUAUGCAUUCUUCGAGAAUUUACAUGAAAAAUAGUGUUGCAAUAGCAAUUUGAGUUGCAGGUAUGUUCUUUACAUUAAGAUCCAAAUGGGUGCCCAUGAUUCAAAUAAGAUUCCAUAUCUACCAGGAACCAUUAUAAACCUAUGCUUGUUCCUACAUGAAAAGAAUCAGAUUAAAUUGUUGCUACAAAUAUUUAGAUAUGCAACAUAAUCAUAGACCUGUUACUACUAAUGUCAUGAUAUUAAAAAGUGUCUUAUGAAUCUACAAACCAUUUUAAGAAUAUUGACAACAUUGUUAAUAAUGUAUAUUUAAAAUUGCAAUCCUUGCUGUUUGAAAAUCACAUUAUUUCUAAAUUAGAAAAGGAUAUGCAAUACUGAUCAACAGUGAUUUUGCUUCCUGUAGAAAAAUACCUGUUCAUGUAAUUUUAAAUGCCAAAUCCAAAAUUUGGAAAAAUGUAUCACCUAUAGUUUAGUUAUCCUGUCACCUAAAAACAAUAGUAAUAGAAACAUUCUAAAAACAGAUUUGAAUUCAUUGUGAAAUAUACUAUAAUGUCCAACAAUGUCUGUUUGAGAAACAAAAAAUGAACAUUUUCACACACGUUCUCACAUUCUGCAGUGGUCAGUAGUGUUCUUCUCUUACCCUGCAGCUGCUGCUUGUGGUGUUGCUUUGCUCCUCUGCUGGAAUUGGACACACGUAGCUUUGAUAGGUUGCAUUUGUGACUUCUAGCCAAACCUUUAACCAAAAAUGGCACCUAGAGCAUUUUAAUUCAUGCCAUGUGACUCAAGCCAAACAACAGUAUUUACUCAGAAGAGCUGUUUAGAAAUUGCGCUUCCACAAUUCCACAUUAGGCAGAAUUUCCAGACCCCUUUGUCUCAAUUUGCUUAAGGGGAAACCAUCCAGCAUCUUAACAUAAUUCUGGAAAAUAAGUCACUCUAUGGAGGUUUUAUAUUUCUUUUCAUACACAUAUGCAUACACAUACACACUCUUCAUACAAAUACACACACUUCAAAGUCUCAAUCCCAGAGGCUUGCCAAAAUGUUGUAAAACAACUAAUUACAUCUGUACUCUAAUAGCCGUCAGUCAUGAAGCAAAUUAAACUAUAAUCACAUAUCAAAAGAAGCGAAGGAAAAGGUUAUUUCAUAACUCAAGAGACUCGAUACUUUGUGGUUUUAUUUGUUGUGCUGCUAUAUAAAAUCCCAGUGGUCACUGGUUGAAGUACUAUAGUGAGUAUUAUAUAAGGUGUUUUUAAACACUAUUCCAUUGUGUAUAGGUGGUCCUGUUUUCACACCCACAUGACUACCAGUAGAUGGCAGCACAUCCCUACUAUUCGGUGUACAAGCAUUGAUCUUCAAUGUCUUAAGGUUGUUGAACGUCAUAAGAAACCAUUCUAAAUAUGUUUGAUAUCUGAAGCCCUGAACAUGAGCAGAUAUAUGAGCUGUUUAGCUGAGGCUAGCGGGCAGCCGUAGGGUAAAUGUGGCGAUCUAAAUUUGAGACAGCCUAAUGGUAUUGUCAUUAAUCACCAUGUGCACUCAUCAGCACAGAGUCAAAGCCCUGUGGUGUCUUCCACCUAUGUGUGUUGGGGGGAGUCCACGCUGACGCCUGCAUUGGGUGAUGGACUACUCAUCUGUCAGUUAUACAGGACGGUAGGAGAGAGUUAAAUCAACUGCCCUUGUUACAGCGUCGAAGUAUGCGCAUACAUUGUUUUAUUUUUACCAUGAAUCUGGGUUAGCAAAGAGGCCUCCUGGUCCCCGUCCUCUCUCUUAAAAUGGAUAAUAGCUGCUAGCAAAAGCGCUUUGAAGGUCCAGUUUAUGUUUCAAAUCUCAUGGUGGAAGUCUGAGCUAUGAACACCCGCACCCCCACUUAGAUGGUAACAAUCAGAUUUCUGUUGUCUUCUCUAUCCCUGUUGGCUUUCUUUGGAAAACAGGAAGGCGCAUAUUUGUAUCGUUAUGCCGUUCUCAGUCUGCAAAGCACAUGAUGCAGUCUGGUGUGGCUUUAUUUGACCAUGCCUCCUUUAUCUAGUCAGAUCUCUUCCCAGUCCAUGUAAUUGAAAUGGCCAGAGAGUUGCAACAAGGUCGAACGGGUUCUUGAGACGAUCCAGCCUUGUGAGAAUCCCAGCCUACUGUACACAAAGCUCGAUCUUCUCUAUGUGCCAGACAGAGCUGCUUAUGCAGCUGCAGGCUGGCAUGAGCGUGGUGUCAAGCUGGCACGGGCUGAAAGGGGCUCUCCAUCAUCAACCAACACUAACAUCUGUUCAUUCGCUGCCACUGAAAAAGAGGCAAACCCUGUCAGGCAGCUAAUGACUGACAGCUCCUGUCAUUAGUGUCUUACUGCCCAAGUAGCAAUCCGUCCAUGGAGGACUGGACUGCCCAGUCACACUAAACAGUGCUUUGACAUUAGUACAGCUGUGAAGAAACAAGUUUGCAAGACUUAUGGGCUACUUGCAUUAAUGGCUCUUCUGAUGUGAUAUGAUUUUAAUCUUUAUAAUAAAGCCUAAUUUACUAGUGUAAUUUGUCUUAUGGUUGUAUGAUCCAACCGCAUUUGAGUUUGAAGUCACAGUUAGACAACUUAAACUUCUUCUGUAGAAUUUCCUGACAUGGAACUCAUUUGUUCCUUGGUGAUUACAAGCCUGAAGUAGCAAAGCAACCCCAUGCUACUGUACUCCUCUCAUUGUGCUUCUCUCUGGAGGUGAGGUUUAGAUGUUGUUAAGUUCUGGGUUAUGUUGUCCAAGCAUAACACUGAGUACUUUUAAAAAAUAAAAGUUUUUUUAAAUCCCAUGUAUUUAAGACAUGAAUCAUUCAAAUGGACUUUGGAAAAUGUCUGCCAGCAAUCUAUUUGUUUGUAUGUAUUUGUUUGUUUGUUUGUUUGUUUGUUUGUUGGGGACAGCAGUAG